AAUGGUGAUACAUGCAAAGUUACUCAAGGUGAUCGAAGAAGACCAAUUAACUGAUGAAGAGGAGGUGUUAACUGUCAGCUCCCUCCUCCUCCUCCUGUAUAGGUGACUGUGCUGCAAUAUCACCUGCAGCAGCAGCAGCAGCAGCAGCAGCAUCAGCAGCUCUGUGUUGCUGCUGCUCUGACUCCAAAUGCAUUUGCAGGAAAAAAAAACCAACUCACUCAGGUCGUCUCUCUUCAUUUCAUAGCCUAUAACAUCGGUUAUUUCAGAUGUCAUCCCUCCCAAUCCCCUUUGACAGGCAUGCGCCAUCUCCAUCCCGAUUGUUGGGUGAAAAAGUGGGCAUGUUCAGGAUCUCAUAUGUGGCUUCACUUUCUCUCUCAACUCCCUCCUUUUCUCUCCGAGUCUCCGAGUCGUCCGGACAGCAGCAGUCCCAACAACUCCCCUCCUCACUCCUCUCUCCUUCAUAAUAUACCUGCAGAGCAUCCAGAGCCUGCAGAGCAUCCAGAGACGCUUUUCUUUCCCCACAAACAGGACGAGACAGUCGCACUGCAGCAAGCUGAGUGCAGCUGACAGAGAAGACUUUUUACAUCCAUCCAUCCUGCAUCAUCAGCUGCAAUGCUGCUGAGAAGAAACCGACAUGUCCAAAUACUUCCACUUCUCAUUGCAGUCUGCCGCCUCACUCUGGCCUUCCCCACACAAACUCCAUCUGCAUUUGAUGAUGCCCGGCAGCUCCAGGUGAACAUCCCUCAGUCCGGUCCGGUUUCCGCCCCGCUGGGCAGCUCCAUCUCCAUCCCCUGCUUGGUGUCUCUGUCCUCUUCCUCCCCCGUUAUACCGCGGGUCAAGUGGACCGUGGUGUCCGGCGGGGUGGAGACGCAGAUCUUGGUGGCGCGGGGUCAAAGGGUGAAGGUCAAUGAGGCGUACCGAGACCGCGCUGCAUGGCUCAACUACACUUCCUCCCCUGAUGAUCUAUCACUGUGGUUGGGAGAUUUACGCUCCAGUGACUCGGGUCACUAUCGCUGCGAGGUGCAGCAGGGCCUGGAGGACGCCAGCGACCUCGUUCAACUCAAGGUCAAAGGUGUUGUAUUCCAAUACAGAGACGCUUUGGGCCGCUAUGCGUUUUCCUUCCAUCAGGCCCGGAGUGCUUGUGAGGCCAUCGGGGCACAAAUUGCGACUCCUGACCAGCUGCUGGCAGCUUAUUAUGACGGCUACGAGCAGUGUGAUGCAGGCUGGCUGGCAGACCAGUCCGUCAGGUACCCAAUCCAAGUGCCCCGUGAAGGUUGUUAUGGAGACAUGGAUGGCCAACCAGGCGUGAGAAACUAUGGGACAAUGCAUCCAGAUGAUCUAUUUGAUGUUUACUGUUAUGUGGAGGAAACUGAGGGGGAGGUGUAUCAUGACUCCAUCCCGCAGCAGUUGUCAUUUAAUGAAGCGCGGUCAUACUGCAGAGCAGAAGGAGCCGAGCUGGCUACAACAGCAGAGCUUUACUUGGCAUGGAGUGAAGGUCUGGACCGCUGCAGCCCUGGCUGGCUGUCUGAUGGCAGUGUGCGUUACCCCAUCAUAGACCCUAGAGAGCGUUGCGGAGGACCUCAGCCAGGCGUCAAAACCGUCUACCGCUUCGGCAACCAAACUGGCUUCCCAGAGCCAUCCAGCCUUCAUGAUGUGUAUUGUUUCAAAGGUAGUAGAGAUACUCCCACCGACUCUGUGAUGGACUUCGUGGCCACAGAGCCUGCGGACAAUGGACAAGAUGUUGUUAUUCUUAUGGAAAAAGCUGAAGAGCUGCAACUGAACCAACAUGCAGAACAGGUGGAGCUCAAAGCUCAAAGGGUGCUUGAAUCUUUUCCCUUUUUCUCUUCCACUGAGCAAAACCUGGUUGACACGCACCCAACAGUUCUAUCAGACACAACAGAGUCUCCUCUCAACACCACGCCUACAUUGGACGUCCUCCAGGCAUUGAAUGAAACUUCAUCUCCCACAGAAAUGAGCUCCCAGCAUCCCACAGCACUGCUGAACAGCACUAUCAGCACCACAGAAACCUACGAUUCCACACAAAACACAACAUUACUGCUCAGUGUUUACAAUGAGACAGAUUCCCCUAACAACUUGAACUUCACCUUUCAGCAGUCUGAGAAUGAAAGCACCACAGCGUUUCCCGAAUCAUCAUAUGAACCUCUGACACAUAACCAGACAGUUCCCGAAACACAUCCCGAAGAGGAUACACCUGAGACGCCAAAGGAUUCUCAAGAAAUACAAGAGACCAACCUGCAUUUUGACAGAUCACAAGCCAAUUACAGCGAGACAGACAGCAAUCAUACUCAAGAGGAGAGUUUCUGGGAGGUGACCUCUAUGACCCUUGACCCCGUGGUUGAGAUGAAGCUGGAGGAAGCAGCAGGAGAAGAUCAUAUGCAGGUGUUUCUCUCAACUCAGGCCUCAAAAGAAGAAGACACACCAGCACAAAGUACAAAAUCUACCAUCAUGGAGUUAACAUCAUUGUGGACCAAUCUAGAUGGGUCUGGAGAUAUUUCUCAAGAGAGUGACCUUGACAUCGAAGUAGUCAGAUCCAUCCCCACAUCAGAUUCUUCCACAUCUGGCUUCACCACUCGCACCUCACUUUCUGCUUCGGCUAGCAGUGCUACCACUGAGCCUCGGACGUCACUCCCCAAUCCUACUCUCUCAUCUGGGGCACGCCAUUCUGACAAACUGGGCUUGGAUAUCCUCUCCACAGCACCACAGUUGUGGGAGUCCUCCAUUUCUAGACAGGAGGGAAGUACAAGCUUAGAAAUUGAAGACACAAUCACUCUGGAAAGUGAAGACAAACAAGUGCACCCGACAAAGUCUGAAGACAUCCUCGUUUCUGGAGUAGGUUUAACUACCACUGAGUCUCCAGACGUGUCAAACACCUCCCUGCUGCCUACUGAUUCCUCCACAGCACGGUAUCGAACAUCUGGAUACAGAGUGUAUUUGGAUACUACGACCACUGGGUAUGAAGAGGCAAGUGGACAGGAAGCUGCUACAGUUAUUGGUACCCUGGAAGAAGACGUUAAAGUUACUCCAACCAUUGACGAGGAUGUUAAAGUUAGCCGAAUCAUUGAAGAGGAAAAUAAAGUUAACCCAACUCUUGAAGAGGGAGUUACAGUGACCCCAACCCUUGAAGAAGAAAUUAAAGUUUCCCCAACUCUUGAAGAGAAAGCUCAAGUAUCCUUUUCACUUGAAGAAGAAGCUAGUGUUGCCCCAACCCUUGAAGAAGAAGCUAGCGUUGCACCAAUCCUUGAAGAAGAAGCUAGCAUUGCCCCAACACUUGAAGAAGAAGCUAGUGUUGCCCUAACCUUUGAAGAAGAAGCUAGCGUUGCCCCAGCCCUUGUCCUUGAAGAAUCUAGCGUUGCCCCAACCCUUGAAGAAGAAUCUAGCAUUGCCCCAACCCAUGAAGAAGAAUCUAGCAUUGCCCCAACCCAUGAAGAAGAAGCUAGCGUUGCCCCAACCCUUGAAGAAGAAUCUAGCAUUGCCCCAACCCUUGAAGAAGAAUCUAGCGUUGCCCCAACCCUUGAAGAAGAAUCUAGCAUUGCCCUAACCCUUGAAGAAGAAGCUAGCGUUGCCCCAGCCCUUGAAGAAGAAGCUAAUAUUACCACAACCCUUGAAGAAAAAGCUAGCGUUGCCCCAUACCUUGAGGAAGAAGCUAGUGUUGCCCCAACCUUUGAAGAAGAAGCUAGCGUUGCCCCAGCCCUUGUCCUUGAAGAAUCUAGCGUUGCCCCAACCCUUGAAGAAGAAUCUAGCAUUGCCCCAACCCAUGAAGAAGAAUCUAGCAUUGCCCCAACCCUUGAAGAAGAAGCUAGCGUUGCCCCAGCACUUGAAGAAGUAGCUACCGUUGCCCCAUUCCUUGACGAAGAAGCUAAUAUUACCACAACCCUUGAAGAAGAAGCUAGCAUUGCCCCAAUCCUUGCUCUUGAAGAAGAAGCUACCAUUGCCCCAUUCCUUGAAAAAGAAGCUAACCUUGCCCCAGUCCUUGAAAAAGAAGUUGACGUUUUCCCAACUCUUGAAGAAGAAUCUAGCGCUGCCCCAACCCUUGAAGAAGAAGCUAACAUUUCCCCAACCCUUGAGGAGAACUUUACCGUCUUUCCUUGGGAGUGGGCUCUGCUGACCACCAGAACAGGACCCCAAGAGUCUCUGAACGAUCUAGAGUUCAGCAGAACAAACUCCCCCAUCACCUCCACAGCGGCUCUAGAUUCCUCCUCGAGUACAAAACCAGCUGCUGCUACCACAAAGACGACCACCACCACCAUCACGACCGCCACGCACUGGUCCAGACGCACCUGGAGCCCGACCACCUCGGGACCAAAUGUUGUCCGCAAGACGGCCGAGCCCCGGAAGGUGACGGCCUUCAUACCACCAGUGGAUCAAGGUCUGGUGGAUGUUGAGUUUAGUCUCACCCAGCCGCCCACCCUGCUUAUCUUGCCCAAUGAGAGGGCAGCUGUAGGCGGUACAGGGAAAGUUUCAGAUGCCUGUGUGAAAGACCCCUGUCUCAAUGGAGGCACCUGUACUGACCGAGACGGGCAGAUUCAAUGUCUCUGUCUGCCAACAUACGGAGGAGACCUCUGUCAGACCGACCUGGAGCGAUGUGAAACAGGUUGGGAUAAGUUCCACGGUUUCUGCUAUCGACACUUCAGCCAGCGUCUGAGCUGGGAGGUCGCCGAGCAGCACUGUCGCACGCAGGGAGCUCAUCUGGUGUCCAUCAUAACCCCUGAGGAACAGAGUUACAUCAACGACAACUACAAAGAAUACCAGUGGACCGGUUUGAAUGAUAAGACCAUUGAGGAUGAUUUCCGCUGGUCUGAUGGCAACCCACUGCUCUACGAGAACUGGUACAGAGGGCAGCCAGACAGCUAUUUCCUGUCUGGUGAAGACUGUGUAGUGAUGGUGUGGCACGAUGAUGGACGCUGGAGUGACGUACCCUGCAACUAUCACCUUGCAUACACCUGCAAGAAAGGCACCUCCUCAUGUGGUCCACCACCCAAGGUCAGAAACUCAUCCAUCUUUGGAAAGGCUCGACAGAGAUAUGAGACCAACGCAGUUGUGCGUUAUCACUGCACCAAGGGUUUCCAGCAGAGACUAAAUCCCCUGAUCAGGUGUCUGUCUGGAGGCAGGUGGGAGAAGCCCCAGGUCCUGUGCAUCCCUGAGGCCGGAGGUCCAACCCAACGCCCUGAAGUGACAUCACAAGACGAGUUUGAAGCCACUAAAGACACACCGCAGUUCUGGGACAUCAAGUUUUAAAAGUCAGCCAUGCUUUCCUUCCUUGUCUUCCUCUCUUAAAUUCUGCUGUUGUAACAUGACAAGGUGCCAAGAAUCAAAUGCUUUUACCAAUGAACGCUCAAACAAAAUGAAAAAAAAUGAACCACAAAGACACAAACUGAAGCUUCCUCUCAGCCAAGAAGCCUGAGUGCACAGACAGGCUUUGUUUUCUAUUAAUGGAGUUACACAUUCCUACUUUUUGAUGUCCUUUAGAAUAUUUUUUACCGUGUUUUGGUUUAAUGUAGUGAUAGCAGAGCAAAAAAGAUGUUAAAGUAGAAGGAAGAAAUACAGUAAAUGUGUGAACUCAGCUCCAAAUCUACAUUACAGUAAGAAUGGUUCUCGUUGUGGUUUUUGUUAUGUCCGGAACCUUUUUAUAAAAUGGUGCUAAUGUCUUUAAAACCAGAGAUUUUUGUUUCCCCUGCUUUCUCAAAGAAUCUAACGACUCCAAAGCACAAAGUCAAUCUUAACAAAUAGUCAAUAAGUACUGUACAUAUAUUCGUUUUCACACCUGUGAUCACUGCUGUCCGCUUUCUUCUGAGAGAAACUUCUGAUCUUCCAGCAGACGCAGUUUUGUUCGUCAGCUUUAUGUUGUAAUAAAGUUUUGUAGAACAGAACAAAGAAUAAAUCGUUCUCUUAUUUUACCCUUA